GCCGCCCCGAGACGGGGCGGGGGAAAAUGCGUCAGCCGGUGCGGUCACUUCCGGCCCGGGAGCGCGCGGGUUGAUUUGUCCUUCCUCAGCCGCGGGCGCUCACCGCUCGGAAAUGGCGGGAUUUGGUGCAAUGGAGAAAUUUCUGGUAGAAUAUAAGAGUGCGGUGGAGAAGAAAUUGGCUGAGUACAAAUGUAAUACCAACACAGCGAUUGAACUGAAAUUAGUUCGUUUUCCUGAAGAUCUUGAGAACGACAUUAGAACUUUCUUUCCUGAAUAUACCCAUCAGCUCUUUGGAGAUGAUGAAACUGCUUUUGGUUACAAGGGUCUGAAGAUCCUGCUGUACUAUAUUGCUGGUAGCCUGUCAACAAUGUUCCGUGUUGAAUAUGCAUCUAAAGUUGAUGAGAACUUUGACUGCGUGGAGGCAGAUGAUGUUGAAGGGAAAAUCAGACAAAUCAUCCCACCUGGGUUUUGCACAAACACAAAUGAUUUUCUUUCUUUGCUGGAAAAGGAAGCUGAUUUCAAGCCAUUUGGAACCCUCCUCCAUACAUACUCAGUUACUUGUCCAACAGGAGGAGAAAACUUUACUUUUCAGAUCUACAAGGCUGACAUGACAUGUAGAGGCUUUCGAGAAUAUCAUGAAAGGCUUCAGACCUUUUUGAUGUGGUUUAUUGAAACUGCUAGCUUUAUUGACGUGGAUGAUGAAAGAUGGCACUACUUUCUAGUAUUUGAGAAGUAUAAUAAGGAUGGAGCUACGCUCUUUGCGACCGUAGGCUACAUGACAGUCUAUAAUUACUAUGUGUACCCAGACAAAACCCGGCCACGUGUAAGUCAGAUGCUGAUACUGACUCCAUUUCAAGGUCAGGGCCAUGGUGCUCAACUUCUUGAAACAGUUCAUAGAUACUACAUUGCAUCUCCUUCAGUUCUUGAUAUCACAGCGGAAGAUCCAUCCAAAAGCUAUGUGAAACUAAGAGACUUUGUACUUGUAAAGCUUUGCCAAGAUUUGCCCUGUUUCUCCCGGGAAAGAUUAAUGCAAGGGUUCAAUGAAGAUAUGGCGAUACAAGCACAGCAGAAGUUCAAAAUAAAUAAGCAACAUGCUAGACGGGUUUAUGAGAUUCUUCGACUGCUGGGAACUGACCUGAGUGAUGCUGAACAGUACAGAAGCUACAGACUGGACAUUAAAAGAAGACUAAUUAGCCCUUAUAAGAAAAAGCAGAGAGAUCUCGCCAAGAUGAGGAAAUGCUUGAGACCAGAAGAGCUGACCAACCAGAUGAACCAGAUAGAGAUAAGUGUGCAGCACGAGCAGCUGGAGGAGCGCUUCCAGGAGCUGGUGGAGGACUACCGGCGGGUCAUUGAGCGGCUCGCUCAAGAGUGACCGCUCCCACUCCCCAGGACACCUGCAGACUGCUGUGCAUUGUGCUGUGAAACCUCGGAUGACCCUAAAGUUAUCUAUUGUUCUCCUUAGUGGAAUAUGCCUUCUGAGAGAUUGUAUAUUUUAAAAUACUGUCUAGAGUUUAUGAACAUAUAUUGCAUUAAUAAAAGAUGGCUUGUGAAAUA